GGUUGUGAAGGUGUUACUUUUUCCAGUACUUUAGAAACAUAGAAAAAAAAGGCAAAACAGAGAAACGUUUCAAUGUCUGUAACAGUAACUCACAUGAACACGAUCAAUCAUGUGUCAAAAACUUGUAAAAUUCCCAAACUCCAGUUACCUAUUUGCUUCAAUCGCAGAUUAGCUUUCUCUUCUCCUCGUAAACUCUAUCCGUAUCCUCAGUUGCAUCCCAAAACCCUAAAUGGCUCGUCAAGAUUCAAUACUCGCAAACGUACCUCUGUUUCCAUGGAGUGGCAAGACUGCAUAGUGAAGAUGAAAGUAGAUGUUCCAGCGUCAGUAGCGUAUAACUUCUAUUUGUACUUGGAUCCUGAAUCUUUCCCUAAAUUGAUGCCUUUCAUUUCAUCUGUAGAGGUGUUAAAGGACAAGCCUGAUAUAUCACGUUGGUCACUUAACUACUCUGCUUUUGGCCAAGACAUCAAGUAUUCUUGGCUUGCUCGCAAUCUUCAGCCUGUUCCUAAUCAGAAAAUCCAUUGGAGAUCUGUUGAAGGUCUUCCUAAUAAAGGCAGCGUUAGGUUCUUCCCUAAAGGUCCUUCAUCUUGCAUUGUACAACUGACCGUAUCAUAUGAAGUCUCUGCGCUUUUAACCCCUGUUGCAUCUGGGCUCCGGCCUUAUUUUGAAAGCUUGCUUAGAGGUGGACUUGAAAGAUUUGCAACCUUGGCUAAAACCACUUAAGAAGAAUAUCCAAGAAAACAAACAAAACAAGAAACUUAGUCACACAAACAGAGUUUUUCUUUUCUUUUUAAUUUUAGCUUAUUUGUCUAAACACGCCAACACACUUUGCGUGGAGUGUAAUAACAUUUAAACUAAGAGACAGCGAGAUUGGUCUUGAAAAGUCUCUUCAUAAAAUGUAUGAGUACCCAUUUGAUUAAGGUUCCAAAUCUCUUUCUCUCUUAAGAUCAACAAA